CUUGCGCAAUCGCUACCUCAAUGAGCAACUGACUCCUCAACUCUCUGCUUUUCAAGUUUUCAUUCCCCCAAUAUCAACUACUUCUGUUGACUCUCAAUUGUCACCUUCAUUUCCUUGUCGAUACAUUUCCAACCAUAACCUCGUAGUCCUACCUAUUUCGAAUCCUACCUUUUGAAGUAAAGCAUCCAAACAUGCCUGUCAAGACAGCAUUCGAUCCAAAGGACAUGGUGUUCCGACACCUAGGUCCAACUGGUCUAAAGGUCUCGGUCUUCUCGCUAGGUGGCUGGCUCACUUAUGGUGGUACCCAAAAGGGCAAAAUUGUCAAGGAAAUCAUGCAGACAGCUUGGGAUCAUGGAGUGAACUUCUUCGAUACUGCCGAGGUAAGAAUGCAACCCCCUCCACUAAACCAAGCACACAUACCCAACCAACGAGGCUGGACUAAACCCUCUCCCUUUCCUUUCACCCAGACCUAUGCCAACGGCGAAUCCGAAAUUGAAAUGGGUCAAGCCCUGAAAGAACUCGACUGGCCACGGGACGAGUACGUUCUAUCGACCAAGAUCUUCUUCGGCACUGGGCGUAAAGAGCCCAACACGCGAGGUCUAUCACGCAAGCACGUAGUCGAAGGACUGAAGAGCUCCCUCGAACGACUCCAACAACCAUACGUGGACAUUGUUCUCGCCCACCGACCCGACUACGCAACUCCCAUGAAAGAAAUCGUCGAGGGAUUCACCCAGGUGAUUCGCAACCUCAACCUAGCAUAUUACUGGGGCACGUCGGAAUGGUCAGCACAGCAAAUCACCGAAGCGACGUUGAUUGCCGAGAAAUAUAACCUGAUUGCACCCAUCGCCGAACAGCCGCAAUACAAUGCCUUCCAUCGAGAGCGGUUCGAAGUCGAAUAUGCGCCUCUGUUCCAGGAAUACAAGUACGGCACGACCAUCUGGUCGCCGUUGGCGUCUGGUCUGUUGACCGGCAAGUACAACGACGGUAUUCCCGAGGGUUCGCGCUUCGCCAACCAUCGCGACUUUUUCGGCAGUACUGUCGACUCGUUGCAACAGCCAGAGGGCAAGGCGAAGAUUGAAAAGGUCAGGAAGUUGACUAAGAUCGCUGAGCGACUGGGAGGCAACACUACCCAACUGGCGUUGGCUUGGGCUGCCAGCAACCCUAACGUCAGCACUGUCAUUCUCGGCGCGACAAAAGUCGACCAGAUCGUCGACAAUCUCGCCGCCAUUAAACUGCUACCGAAGCUCGACGCUGCCGUUCUCAAGGAGAUUGAGGAAGUCCUCGAUAACAAGCCCGCCGCUCCUCCUAGUUUUGGUCGGUCGAGGUAGGCAUUUCCUCUUGCUUCCUGACAUCCAUCCAUCCAUCCAUCCAUACAUCUAUGCCUUUGGUUGCCCUCGUUCUGUUGUCCGGCGCCUGUGUCAAUGGCGUGCAUGGAGCCAACGCUCGGCAAGAUCAAAACUCUAAGUGGAUCACAAUGUUUCGAGGCGGCAGUUCAAUCUUCAAAAGGUCGAUAGUAACUGGCUAGCAUGCAAAAUAGCUAAAACACGCUCGUAUACGAGUCAUGCCACAUGUGCCAUAACUGUCUCAAUUCUGCAAUCUAGACUCCAUCUAUCUUCUAUACGUG